CAAACUACCGGUAGAACACAGACAACAACAACAACAGGCGAGCCAAGCGUGUGUCUCGGUCCUCUGUCUUAUUAUUUUACUCUCCAUAUUCAGAAAAUGUAUCUUAGUUGUGACGACCAGACUAAAAUGUACUUUUAUGAGAACAGACUUCAAACAUUCGUUGGAUGGCCGUUUGAAGAGGGCUGCAUUUGCACUCCACAAAACAUGGCCAAAGCUGGAUUUAUUCACACCCCGUGGGAGAAUAGUCCAGAUACAGCGCAGUGUUUCUUCUGUCUGAAAGAGCUGGAAGGAUGGGAACCCGAGGAUGACCCUGAGAAAGAGCAUAAGACACAUUCUCCUACUUGUGAUUUUAUCUUGCUGAAGAAGACUGUGGAUAGUCUGACUGUGGAGGAGUUUCUUAAACUUCAGAAAGAGAGACAGAAGUUUAUCAUCAAAAAAUCAUGUAAACAGGCGACUGAUAAAUUUGAAGAGGCGGUGAAGGUCAAGAGGGCUCAGAUCAUCCAGACAGCGAUGGGGGACGAGUAAAGAGUUUAAUUUUGCUGUGGUCUGAUUUUUUUGUGGAGCUCCCUGCUUUUCUUUCUUUUGUACGUCAUGCAAUGUUGUAUGUUUUAUAAAUGUUACCUUGAUGAAA